AUUUACAAUCGAGGAGUUAAAGGAAUCACAACGCUUCGCUAAAUACUAAAAGUCAAUCGAAAUCAAAGAAACGUUUGGAUCGAAAAUCGGAAAAGAUGGCCGGAGUUGAAUUGCUUCCGAGAGAAUUCGGAUACGUUGUUCUCACAAUCGUUCUCUACUGCUUCCUCAAUUUCUGGAUGGCUGGCCAAGUCGGCAAAGCCCGCAAGAAGUACAAGGUGUUUUAUCCGGUCAUGUAUGCUUUGGAAUCUGAUAACAAGGAUGCCAAGAUCUUCAAUUGCGUUCAGAGAGGGCACCAGAACUCGCUGGAGAUGAUGCCUCUGUUCUUCGCGUUGAUGAUUCUGGGAGGAAUUAGGCAUCCCCUCAUUUGCACUGCGCUCGGAUUGGUUUAUGUCGUCGCUCGCUACUUCUAUUUCACCGGCUACGCCACCGGCAAUCCCGAAAACCGCAUUACCAUUGGAAAAUACGGUUUCUUAGCAUUAUUUGGGCUUAUGAUCUGUGCAAUUUCAUGCGGGAUUAAUCUUCUCAUUGCGUAAAGAGCGCCUGCAGCUUCAGCAGUUUGUCCUUGCCUUGCAUCCUCAGUCACCUUUGUUUUUUGUUUUUGGUUUUUCUACAGCUUUCAUGCUUUGUGUAUUUUGGUUUUUCUGUUAAAGUUGAGUAGGCUUUACGCAAGAUGUUGCCACUUUGUGUAGGUUGUGUUUUACUAUUAAUAAUGUGAGAACAUGGAUGUUUUGGACGUGAGUUGAAAAGAAUUACAGAAUUUACUAAAUUUGAAUGACAAUCCUCUCCUUUUAAA